GUCACCACCGGUGGUUGAAGCAGGCAUCCUUGGCUGUACUGGUGGUGCAAAACGCAUCCCUGAUCCUGAGCAUCCGCUACGCUCGGACCCUCCCUGGGGACCGCUUCUUCGCCACCACAGCCGUGGUCAUGGCCGAAGUGCUGAAGGGAGCCACCUGUCUCCUGCUGCUGUUCGCCCAGAAGAGGGGGAACGUGAAACAUUUCGUGCUGUUCCUCCACGAAGCCGUUCUGGUCCAGUAUGUGGACACGCUGAAGCUGGCAGUGCCCUCCCUCAUCUACACCCUUCAAAAUAACUUGCAGUAUGUGGCCAUCUCCAACCUGCCAGCAGCCACCUUCCAGGUCACAUACCAGCUGAAAAUCCUUACCACAGCCCUGUUCUCAGUCCUCAUGCUCCGCCGGAGCCUGUCCCGCCUGCAGUGGGCCUCCCUGCUCCUGCUCUUCCUGGGUGUGGCCCUCGUCCAGGUCCAGCAGGCAGGUGGUAGCAAUGGGUCACCACACCCAGGGGGCCAGAACCCCGGGGUGGGUCUGGCAGCUGUGGUGGCUUCAUGCCUGUCGUCAGGCUUUGCUGGUGUUUACUUUGAGAAGAUCCUGAAGGGUAGUUCAGGGUCUGUGUGGCUGAGGAACGUGCAACUGGGCCUCUUUGGAACUUUGCUGGGCCUGGCAGGGCUGUGGUGGGCAGAGGGUGGGGCCGUGGCCAGUCGAGGCUUCUUUUUUGGCUACACACCAGCUGUCUGGGGGGUGGUGCUGAACCAGGCCUUCGGCGGCCUUUUAGUCGCCGUGGUGGUGAAGUAUGCAGACAACAUCCUCAAGGGCUUUGCCACCUCCCUCUCCAUUGUCGUUUCCACAGCAGCCUCCAUCCGCCUGUUCGGCUUCCAGGUGGAUCCGCUCUUUGCGCUUGGGGCUGGCCUGGUCAUCGGGGCCGUCUACCUCUACAGCCUGCCCCGAACUGCUGCCGUGGUCACUCCUCCUCCUCUGAACACAGCGCCGCUGGCCAGUGGCCGCCAUGCGGACCCUGAGGAGGAGCCCUUCCUGCCCAAGCUGCUGGCCAAGGAGAAGGGGUCGUAGCCACCCCCCUUGUCUGAUGCGGGGACAGAAGAUGCCCAGCACCUCCCAUGUCUGCUCUGAGGAUACCCUGGUCCUGUGGCUUCCAUGUGGAAUUGGAGGCAGCUUCUUCAGUAUUAAGGAGUUAAAACAUCUCCUCUAACCAACCUUGGGCUGAUGGGGAAUGCAAGGUCUCCCUCUCUAAUUCCCCAGGGUUAACAAGACUGAUCUCUGACCUUCCCCACUCCCCACCUCCCCACCCCCUGUUGGCUGAGACUUCUACAGAGUAUUGAAUUAAGUUCUGUAGGGGGUGUUUCCUCAGAAAAUAAAUUGAUAACAGCUUCUUC